AUGUCUGAUUUCGUUUAUCAAGGUGAUGACUUUGAAGACAAAGUUAGAAAACAAGUUGAAUUCUAUUUUUCAGAUUCAAAUUUACAAACUGAUAAAUUUAUGUUAACAAAUUAUCAAGCAAAUGAUGGAUGGGUUGAAUUAAAAACAAUUUUAACAUUUGGUAGAAUGAAACAAUAUAGACCAGAAGAAAAAGUAAUUGAAGCUUUAAAAAAAUCAGAUAAAUUAAAAUUAAGUGCAAAUAAUGAUAUGAUUACAAGAAUUGAACCUGUUAAAAUUUCAGAUAUUGAUAAAAAUGAACGUAAAAAAAGAACGAUUCAUAUUGAAGGGUUCCCAAAAGACUUAAGUCAAGAUGAUGUCGAAUCAUGGUUUCAUGAAAAAAUUUUGCCAUUCUUACCAAAUGAAAAAGUUAUUAAUACUAUACGUAGAGUUAAAUCAAGAGUUAAAAAAGAAUUCUUUGGAGUUGUUGAUGCUGAAUUAAAAAACUUAGAUGAUGUUAAAUGGUUAUUGGAAGAUGUAGAAUUAUCUUUUGAAAAAGGUAUUGUAACAAAAAUGGAAGCUUCAGAUGUUCAAGAAAGACAAUUAUUAAAAAAAAUGUCAUUAUUAACGCAUUAUGAAAUGAAAGAAACUGGUAAAAGAUUUGGUCAAAAUGAAGUUACAAAAAGAAGAAAUAGUUUUAAUGAUUCACAUAAAAAUAAUAAAAAAUUUAAAGGUGGUAAAAACAAUAAAAAUAAUAAAAAUAAUAAAGGUAAUAAAAAUGAAAAGCUUGAUAAAGUUGAAGAAAAAUCAACUACAUCUAGUGAAACUAAUUCUGAAACUAAAUCGGAAGAAACUGAACCCUCAGAAGCAAAAUCAGAAGAAUCUAAACCUGAAACUAAACCUGAAGAAUCAAAAGCUGAAACCAAACAAGACGAAGUUAAAACAGAUGAUAAACCAGCAGCUCUUGUUGACAGCUCUUGUUGA